AUGGAGACUCCCUUAAUUCAGAGCCCAUCUAUCCCGCGGCCAAGGCACCCUCAGCUUGGCGGAGGAGAAAACGACAAUGAGAGCUCUGCACCCGCAGCACCGCACAACACCCCAAAUUCAGCAUCAACUAGUACGACUUCGACCCCUCUUCAGGACAUACCGCCGCAAAAUUCAAACCCGACGUCUACUUUUCUAGGUUCUCCAAUUUCCUCUCCUUCGCGAGAUACCGCCAGAAACAGCUCGUUCUCUUUUGAUUCCGCUCCGUCAACUCCGCUUCUCGGUCCGUCUGGUCAAAGUACGAACGGCAUCUCGUACCGCACUUCAAGUGGCCAGCCUUUACCCCCAACCCCGCCCAAGGACAAUCGUGAUGAUGACUCAAACUCGGAGGGCUCUGACUCUGACGAAAGUACCAUUAUUGCAGUCGGCACCAACACUGAUGGAAGCGGGAGAUCUCGGCGUGCCACCGUUACAGAGACUAGCCCACGCGCUGCUCGCUCUGGAACUGGCAUUUCAGGUUCUGGCAUUGUCCGACGCAAUACUGUGCCGCGCAGAAGCCCCAAUAGCAAUAAUAUCUCAUUCCGCAUCAAUCGCGCCCGCCUUGUCGGCAGCGGAAGGUUGACUGUUAACCCAAGCCCAGGCAGUUCCAUUUCCAGCCGUCGACAGUCUCCCUUACAGUCUCCAAGACUAUCCCUUGAAAGUCGCUCCCAACAUCGUAACCAGGGCCCCGGUACUAGUACUACUGGAAACAAUGUCACCGGCGCUUUCGGCAGAAGCCGUGAAGAAAAUAUUAUGGCUGGUCUCCACGCUCUCGGAUACCGCGACGAUGGUCCCAAUGGGCCCCGUCUAAACACCAGCGGCAAUUAUGUGGAGGAGGAUAAUGAAAAUGCUUCGAAUGUGAAUAUUAACGACUAUUAUCGACCGCAGCGCACGAGGCGGAGUUGCGUUCAGAUGCUCUAUAGGAAUCGGGACCCGCUGGGAAUUAUCGAUCAAAUUAUCGUUGGUAGUGUUGCGGCGAUCCUUGCGAUUUGCUUGGUCUAUUCAUAUAAUUAUCACAUCGGGGGAAGAGUCAUUGCCGGCCGCUACUCCUGGCCCUAUUGGCGACUCUCUGAUACCAUAGGCUUCGGAUGUCUGCUUCUUUUUUGGGAGGGGUUUGGAAGGGGCCUUAUGACGGUUCUUGUUAUCAUAUUAAUGUAUAUGGGUAUUUGA